AUGUGCAAGCCGAUACAUCGGCGGUGGGGUACUUGCCACGCACUGAAAAUCUUUAGCACGCAUGUUAAAACGAUUGUCAGCGCUGCGGGUCUUGGUGAAUUACCAAUUCAUAUUUAUAUCGAGGGCUGCAUCAACCCACCAUGCCGAGUGAUACAGGGUGAAGACGUAGUUAUCAACGUUGUUUUCAAAGCUCCUUACACAAUUCGGAGCAUGAGAACAAAAGCGGUAGCUCUAUCGAUUAUUGACUAUCCCCUCGGUGAAAAUGGAAGAACGUGCAAUUUCCUAUCAAAUACGUAUUGUCCAAUUUUAAAGGACGAAAUUGUACAAUAUACGUUGCGCAUGCACAUUGAAAGGAUCUUCCCAACGGUUGCGGUGGACAUUAACUUCAGUGUCGUUGAUCAAGAUGAAAAGCCGAUAUGGUGUAUCAACACAGUGGUUCAAGUUCAGAGCCCUACUAGACAAGCUAUCGAUAUUGUCCUAGCAAAUACGGCGAUCUCCCAAUUCAUACUUACAUUGAAGGAUGCAGUACGCCCCCCUUGCCCCGUUAUAAGCGGAGAACAUGUGACUAUCAAUGUUGUUUUCAAAGUUCCUCGUACACUAAGAAGGAUGGAAACAAAAGCUUACGUGCCAUCUUACAAUAUCCACUUCCCACUGUUGGGAGAUUCAGUCACUUGCAAUUACCUUAGCAACACUUACUGUCCCGUUUUAAAAGAUGAAGUGGUGCAGUACACGUUGCGCAUGUUUAUACUACCGAGGUUGUCAGCAAUAACAUUGGAAAUUUACUUCUACGUAGCGGACGAAAAUCAACAACCAAUUUGGUGCAUAAGCGUCGGCAUAGCGGUUCAAAGCCCGACGAACAAUAUAAAUAUUCAAAACUCGACACUUAUUAAUUAG